CGAACAGAUACGGCAGACGAGGAAAUUGAUUUCAAACGCACCAUCGCGCGACUCUGUAACUCUGGACGGGACUAGAUGAGUUACUGUAGCUCCGCUGCGACCGUCUUUUUAUCCUUUCUUGCCGAGCCGACUCCCCCUCCUUACCUCCUCCUCCUCCGCUUGCAGAAUUGUAUAAAGAACACAAAUCGGGCUUGGGAGGGGGUUGAUACGCCGAAGCUGAAAUCGAGAGGCGAACCCAGGAAAGAGGAGUAUUUGUACACGGGACUUUCCCCCCCUUCGUCCCUAAAAAGGAGGGGGAAAUGUCAUAUUUUUAAAAGCGAUAUUUUUAAAAUCGAGGAUUACGCAUAGGCUUAGCCGCCUAUCUCUGAGGAUAUAUAUUUUAAUUCGUUAAAAAAUAUGGCCGAGAACGUUCUGGAGUCUGGCCCGCCUUCAGCGAAGAGGCCUAAACUGUCCUCCCCGGCUCUAUCUGCCUCAGUCAGCGAUGGAAACGAUUUUUGCUCACUUUUUGACCUGGAGCAUGACCUUCCAGAUGAACUGAUCAGUUCCUCCGAGCUGAACCUACCAAAUGGAGGGGAUCUCGGCCAGUUGCAUGGCAGUUUGGGUAGUGGGGGCGGGGCCAUUGGAGGAGUUGUGUCCAGUGGCCAGGAUGCCGCGGCCAAACACAAGCAGCUCUCUGAACUCCUCCGGCAUGGAUCUGCAUCUGCAGCACAGCAGCAGGUUGCAAUGGGUAGCCCAGCAGGAGCCUCAAUGGGGCUUUUCGGGAAUACGAAGGCUUCACCAGGUACUCAGGGCAUGGGCCCGCAAGGGCAGCAACGUCUUUCCCCGCAACAGGCCACGCUUAUGCAACAGCAGCAAAUGGCAGGGAUGAUGGGCAACAUGAACAGGAGUAUGCUCGGACCUCAGAAAGGCAACGGACAGCAGCAAGCAGGAGGGCCUGCGCCUCAGCAGCAAAACAUGCUGGGAGCGCAGAUGAUGAACGGAUCGCCCAGAAUAGGACAUCACAACCCUGGCAUGGGCAGCAGCAGUAGUAACCUGUUAGCAGAGGCUCUUCAGCAGCAGCACCAGACAGUAGGAGGUCAGGGUGGACUGAGGGCACAGCAGCCUGGAGCAAUGAACAAGAUGGGGAUGAAUGCAGGUUCAGGCCCCUAUGGAGGCCCGUAUGGUCAGCCUGCCAGUCAGGGUCUGGGUGUUGCAGGGCUGGCCCCUCAGCUCCAGAACAAACCAGGUCUCCCCAACAGUCCGGCUCAGUUUAACCUUGACAAGAAGCCUGUGCAGGGCAUACCUGGCAUGCAGGCUUCCCAGCCUUCCCCAGUGGGUGCUGGUGGAGGUGCAGGAGUGGCCGGCAUGGUGCCUAAUGCCCAAGGAACUCUCGGGCCCGGAUCAGCUCCAUCAGCUGUGUCUGCAACAGCAGUGGGAGGAGUUCCUCCAGCAGCUGACUUGGAAAAGCGCAAACUCAUACAGCAGCAGCUGGUGCUUUUGCUCCAUGCCCACAAGUGCCAGCGGAGGGAGCAGGCCAACGGGGAGGUAAGGCAGUGUAACCUGCCCCACUGCCGCACCAUGAAGAAUGUCCUCAACCACAUGACGCACUGCCAGGCUGGCAAAUCUUGCCAAGUGGCGCACUGUGCCUCAUCCAGACAGAUAAUCUCUCACUGGAAGAACUGUACGCGGCAUGACUGUCCAGUAUGCCUACCACUGAAAAACGCAGGAGACAAGAGGAAUCAGCAGAGUGAGUCUCUUCUAGGCUCUGGGGGUGUGGGGUUAAGUUCUUCUUUGGGUAAUGUAACUGGUGGUCCACCCAGUGCCCCCCAUCUCAAUACCCCAGGGCAGAUAGACCCCAGUUCCAUCGAGAGGGCAUACGCAGCCCUGGGCCUCACAUACCAGGGAAACCAGGCUCCCCCGCAGCCUGUCCAGCAAACACAACGGGCAGUGAACACAAUGGGAGCAAAUCCCAUGGGAGUAAACGGAGCAAUGGGUGGUCAGUCUCAGAAUCAGCAAUCUAACCUUCUCCAGGAAACAAUGUUGCAUCUGAAUAUGACCUCGCAGAGUCUGAUGAAUGACAGUGCUCUGGGUGGUGUGGGGUCUAUGCCUUUGGCCAACCCAGCUGCCAGUGGUGCCAUGAGGAAGAACUGGCACGAGGACAUCACACAGGAUCUACGCAACCACCUGGUGCACAAACUAGUCCAGGCCAUUUUCCCCACUCCAGACCCUGCUGCACUGAAGGACCGGCGAAUGGAGAAUCUAGUGGCCUAUGCCCGUAAAGUUGAGGGGGAUAUGUAUGAUUCCGCUAACAGCAGGGCUGAGUAUUAUCACCUGCUGGCGGAGAAGAUUUAUAAAAUCCAGAAGGAACUGGAAGAGAAGCGAAGGACACGGUUACAGAAGCAGGGCAUGAUGCCCACGCAGCCUGGUAUGCCCCCCACUGGGAUUGGUCAGACAGGGCCACCCACAGGACUGCCUUCUAAUGGCCCUCUCUCGGAUCCUUCAGUGGUGCGGCCUAUUGGUCCAAACCAGAUGUUGAACAGGAUGCAGAGUGCUACCGGCAUGAACCCAUUUGGGAACCAUAUGGGAAUGCAGUCCAUGGGCCAGAGAUCUACAUCUCCUCUUCCAAUCAGCACGCCUCUUAACCAGGGAAGCAUGGGGAGUGUGAGGAUGCCACAACUGAAUGUUGCACAGAUGCAAAAUCAGUACAUGCAAACUGGCCCGUUUCAAGGUUCAAAUCCUGUUCUUGGAGCUGGAUCUGUUGAUAUGGCACACCCAGGAAAUCGCAGCCCUGUCACUCAACAGGAGCAAAUGCCUACUUUAUCAUCUUUACCAAUGGGCAGUCCUUUAGCCCAGCCGGGGUCUGUUGGAGGGGCAGGCACCGGGUCCUCAGUGGGCUCUCUGGGUCCCAACAGCAUGAGUCGAGUUCCUCCAUUGUCCACCACAACACAGUCAAUCAGCCUCCCCCAAUGCUCACCCUUCCACCAGAAUUCUCCUUCCCCAGCUCAUAGCCGCACACCCACGCCCACGCCGGGCUCCCAGACACCCCAGCCUCACACACCCAGCCUACCCCAGUUAUCCACGAGCAGCAGUCAGCAGCAGUUACCUCUGUCCGCCAGUUCUGACAAUGCCAUGCAGUCUCAGCAGCAGUCACUAGGAGGAACUUCUCCUGCUGUGUCUCAUAGUGGCCUCUCUACGCCAAAUGCCAGCCAGCAUCCCCGCACUCCAUUGUCUCAUAAGGGUUCUGUACCAGUAGACGGCCAGGCUGCUACCCCUGCCUCCGUCAGCAGUCCAGACAUAUCAUUUCAGCAGGGUCCUUCAGACUCCACAGACACCCUUGAGCCUAAGGUGGAGGUCAAGCAGAAAGUAGAGGAGGAUGAGGAUGAUGAAGGCAUGGCAGGAGGUAAAAGUGGAAAACAAGAAGAUAUUAAAUCUGAGGAAAAGCCUGAGAUAAAGAAAGAGGAGCCGGGUGAUGGUGUGCCUAUGGAGACUUCUUCUACUGCAACUGGGGAGGACAAAAAGCCAGAGAUAAAGACUGAGCCUAAAGAAGAGGGGGGUUCAGGGUCUACAGCAAACCACAGUUCACCUUCUGGAGUCCCUAACAAAAAGAAAAUUUUUAAGCCAGAGGAGCUGAGGCAGGCCCUGAUGCCCACACUGGAGUCUCUUUACCGCCAGGACCCCGAGUCUCUGCCCUUCCGCCAGCCUGUGAACCCUUCACUUCUGGGAAUACCAGACUAUUUUGACAUAGUGAAGAAUCCCAUGGACUUGUCUACUAUCAAACGGAAGCUCGACACGGGCCAGUACCAAGAACCAUGGCAGUAUGUGGAAGACAUCUGGCUCAUGUUCAACAACGCCUGGCUGUACAACCGCAAGACGUCACGUGUCUACAAGUGCUGCUCCAAGCUGGCGGAGGUGUUUGAGCAGGAGAUCGACCCGGUCAUGCAGAGCCUUGGCUACUGUUGUGGGAGAAAGUUUGAGUUUUCUCCCCAAACACUGUGCUGCUAUGGGAAGCAGCUAUGCACUAUACCACGAGAUGCUGCUUACUUUAGUUAUCAGAACAGUUCACCAAAAUAUGGGCUUCUUGCUGACAGGUAUCACUUCUGUGAAAAGUGUUUCAAUGAGAUCCAGGGAGAGAGUGUGUCCUUGGGAGAUGACCCAUCCCAACCUCAAACAUCGAUCAACAAGGAUCAGUUUGAAAAGAAGAAAAAUGACAUGCUCGACCCUGAGCUAUUUGUGGAAUGUAUGGAUUGUGGUCGUAAGAUGCAUCAGAUCUGUGUUUUGCACAAUGACACUAUAUGGCCAUCAGGCUUCGUGUGUGAUGGCUGUUUGAAGAAGUCCAACAAGACCCGUAAAGAAAAUAAAUAUGCUGCAAAAAGGCUUCCACAGACCAAACUAAGCAUGUACUUGGAAACACGGGUUAAUGACUUUCUGAAGCGACAUAAUCACCCAGAAUCUGGUGAAGUCACUAUCCGUGUUGUUCAUGUCUCAGACAAAGUGGUGGAGGUCAAACCAGGCAUGAAGUCUAGGUUUGUGGAUAGUGGAGAGAUGGCAGAGUCCUUCCCAUACCGAACGAAAGCUUUAUUUGCAUUUGAGGAGGUUGAUGGUGUUGAUGUCUGUUUUUUUGGGAUGCACGUCCAAGAGUAUGGCUCAGAUUGUCCACCCCCUAAUCAAAGACGGGUUUACAUAUCCUACCUGGACAGUGUCCACUUCUUUCAGCCACGCAGUCUGAGAACAAGUGUGUACCAUGAGAUUAUUUUAGGAUAUCUGGACUAUGCCAAAAAACAAGGGUUUACCACAGGACACAUCUGGGCCUGCCCUCCUAGUGAAGGAGAUGAUUACAUCUUCCACUGUCACCCUCCAGACCAGAAGAUACCCAAGCCGAAGCGGCUGCAGGAGUGGUAUAAGAAGAUGCUGGAUAGAGCUGUAGCAGAGCGCAUUGUUCAUGACUACAAGGACAUCUUCAAGCAGGCAACAGAGGAUCGUCUCACUAGCGCCAAAGAACUGCCCUAUUUUGAGGGUGAUUU